UGUGCUGAGAUAUUUUCACAAUUUUUUUCUUAUUUCGAAUUGAAAUAUUUUAAUCGUAAGUUUUCAAACAUAGUAUGUUGUUCUGUUCAAUAAAAAAUGAGUUAAAUGUGAUAAUUAUUAGUGAAAAUUUCUGGAAAGUGAAAAAGAACUCAUAUGGUGCAUCUCUGACGAAUUCGAGCAAUCGCAAACGGUAUCCUGACAAGGAAUCGAAAUCACUUUGAAAAUACAAGUACCUACUUCGUGUUGGAUUUCAGAAUAUACUUAGGUACCUUUGGAUCUUGGCCUAUGGAUUACGAACAGGCUAUCACAAUAAGCGGUGGAUAUGGACGUUAUCAAAUGAGACUAUUUUUAUUACUGCUUCCGACCGCUUUAACUUUUGUUUUUGGUGUUUCGUCGAUGUCUUAUGUAAUGCCAGCAGCUGUAUGCGAGUUUGAAAUUUCAAAAUACAAGCAAGGAUUAAUAUACAGUGCUAUUUAUCUUGGUAUGGUUCCAAGUGGUGCGAUAUGGGGAGCGGUAUCGGAUAUUAUAGGACGUAGAAAAACAUUAGUAUUGACCUGUGGCAUUUCCGGUAUUUUUGAACUUUUAAGCGGUUUCUCAAUUAAUUAUUGGUUCUUAUUUGGAUGUAAAUUUCUAUCAGGAUGCGCGACAGCUGGAGUUCAUUUAACCUAUUAUGUUUAUUUGAGCGAAUUCACUGAUCCAAAAAAUAAAGAUUCGAUAACAAUGUUGAGUGGAGCAACUGCAGCUGCGGGAUAUUUCCUACAACCAUUAUUGGCUUAUUUUUUAAUACCAUUGAAAUUCAAAUGGGUCGUAGUAGAAGACUGGAUUUUUUUUGGGUCUUGGAAAAUAUUUCUCAUCAUAUCAUCGGUACCUCCUCUAUUAGGAUUUUUCAUAAGUCUUUUUUGUAUCGACGAAACACCGAAAUUCUUACUGUUAAAUAAUCGAAACGAAGAAUCUAUAAGGAUACUGAAAGAAAUCUACGUAGAAAACACCGGAAAUGCACCGGAUACUUAUACAGUAGCAGAUAUAAGUUUACAAGAAGAUAAAGAAAUCAUAGAAGAAAUGAAAAAACAACCUCAACAAGGAAGUUUUUCAAAAAGCAUCAGGCAAAUUAAGCCUCUAUUUAAAUAUCCUUACAUUAUCCCAGCUCUGAUGGCGUUUGCUGCGCAAGUUAUUACAAUGGGAGCGUUCAACGCUAUCAGGCCUUAUAUACCUAUAUUAUUUUCAUUAGCCUUGGGAUUCGGUCAAACUGAAGCCAAUUCAACGGCACCUUCAGCCACAGCAGAAAAAACACCAUUUUGCACAUUAUUUGAAACUCAACAAAUAUUUAAGUCGAAAGUGAAAUGUGCACAUAAACAUGUGGAACUAGAUCAGAGGAUUUUUCUCGGUUCAAUUAUCGUCGGUCUUUGCGUAUUUCUUUCAUUUUUUCCGUUUAAGAAAAUUGUUAAUGUUGUAGGCAAAGUUACUACAUUCGUAUUAGCUCAUGUUAUCAGCGCUUUUGCUAUUUUUUUGUUUCCAUUUUCGGUAUCUGUUUAUGGUUUGGUAAUAAUAUGUAUUUAUUCGAUUUGCAUGCAGAAUUCGCUAACUAUAGUCAUUGGUUUGAUGAUUUCCAGAACACCUACUACAAUGAGAGGUAUCACCAUAAGCAUGGUGAUGGUAUUUGGAAGAAUUGGAGUCAUUUUGGGUAAUCAAAUUCUACCCAUAAUCACGGAUUUAUCAUGUAAAGCUGGUUUUUGGGCGAUAGGAUGCGUGAAUUUACUGUCUUUGCCUAUAAUGUUCGUGUUCAGUAGGCAGCCCAAUCCGGUAGAAGAAUUAGUGCAGCAAAACGCGACGACGAGUCGAUCAACAUCACCUUUGCCAACAUCACCUUCGCCAAAAAAGUAAUAGGUACUCGUAUCGGUAUGUACUCGUAGUCUCGUAUGUUUAUGUAGUCCAAAGACAUUUGUAUAUAAAGCAUAUCGAUGUUCUUUAUUGUUUUAUGGUAUUGUUUUAAAAAUAAAAUAAAUGCUUUCUAAUUUGUUAGAAUAACAUCAUUUA